AUGCAAGGUAGUACUACAUGGAUACAAAAUGUCGACACGUUAUGGGAAACCUUACAGCCGUUAAUUAGAUACCCAGUUCUACCUUUAAUCCUGGUUGAAAAAUUACUCGGCUUAAAUCUCCGAUACUUAUACCCUGUACUUUUGACUUAUAGUGUACUAUUAACGAUAUACUUCCACAUUGAUACCAAGUAUAAGACUAGGGGUUCUUGGAUAUCAAUAAAAGACACAGCUGAUCCGGUGUGUGUCAUUACCGGAGGGAGUCUUGGAUUAGGCAACGAGCUUGUAAAAUCGUUGAUGAGUGAUAUCCCUGACAUCAAAAUUGUUAUACUAGACGUUGUAGAUCCUAAACUAGACUUAUCGAUUACCAAAGACCGGAUUGAGUUCCUAAGGUGUGAUUUAUCAAGCGACGAGGAAGUUGAAAAUGCCAUAAAAACCAUCAAGAACAAGUUUCCAAAAGUUGAUUUAUUGAUAAAUAAUGCUGCUAUAAGGGGUAGAUUUUCCAGACUUGCUGAUAUGCCAUGUGUCGAAAUGAAUAAGAUAUUCCAUGCAAAUGUUUUGUCCACCAUACGAUUAAUCCAAGCAUUCCAUCCUAAGAAAUCUGCAAAUAACGAUUUUUACUACGUUGUUAAUAUUGCUAGUGCGUUAGGAAUAAUGUCACCUGCUAGAGCUAGCACAUAUGCUGCUUCUAAGGCAGCAUUGAUAUCGUAUCAUGAAUCUUGGACGUAUGAGCUUCUGAAUGAUAAUGCGAUGAAUGUCAGAACACUCUUGGUAUUGCCUGGUCAAAUGGAUACGCAAAUGUUCCAAGGGUUUGAGCCUCCAAGACAAUUCUUGGCACCAGUAAUUAAAGCACCUGAAUUGGCCAAAGAGAUCACACAAUGUUGCAUUGAGGGGAGGAGAGGUGAAAUAUGUAGACCGUUUUAUGUGAAUUUUCUGAGAAUGAUGAAAUGUUUCCCAGAGAUGAUCAUUGAACAAUUACGAGCGUUUUCUAAGAUGGACGCAUGUUUACCAAUUGGUAGUAAAAGCUCUUGA